ACGGACCGGAAGUGGGGGCAGCCGACUUCCGGCCGUUGGACUCUGAGGAGCAGAGGGUCUGGCAUGGCGACCAAGCGGCUGGCACGGCGGCUUGGAUUAAUUAGGAGAAAGUCAGUUGCCCCAGCAAGUGAGAAUCCAGGAAGAAGCAGAUUCAAACAGGUAUAUGACUACUUAAUUGUCAUUGAUUUUGAGUCCACAUGCUGGAAAGAUGGGAAACAGCACAGGAGUCCUGAAAUAAUUGAAUUUCCAGCAGUUUUGUUAAGUACGGCAACUGGAGAGAUUGAAUCUGAGUUCCAUGCUUAUGUUCAGCCUCAGGAGCAUCCAGUUCUUUCUGAAUUUUGCACAGAACUGACAGGGAUAAAGCAGGUUCAAGUUGAUGAAGGAGUCCCUCUGAAGAUUUGCUUAUCUCAGUUCUGUAAAUGGAUUCAAAGGAUUCAGCAGCAGAAGAAAAUCAUUUUUGCUCCUGGGGAUUCGGAGCCUUCUCCUUCUGAAGUAAAAUUGUGUGCUUUUGUUACCUGGUCAGACUGGGACUUGGGGGUUUGCCUAGAAUAUGAGUGUAGAAGAAAGCAGCUGCUAAAACCCGGGUUCCUGAAUUCUUGGAUUGAUCUCAGAGCAACUUAUAAGCUUUUUUAUAAGCGAAAACCCAAAGGACUAAAUGGUGCGUUGCAGGAAGUGGGAAUAGAAUUUUCAGGACGAGAACAUUCUGGCUUAGAUGAUUCUCGGAACACUGCUCUUCUUGCUUGGAAAAUGAUCAGGGAUGGUUGCUUAAUGAAAAUUACCAGGUCCUUGAACAAGGUUCUCACUAAGAGGAAUCCCAAGAUUUUGGUCAGAAAUUUGGGCACAGAUCAAGCUGAAGAAACAUCUGCCUGCAACACUAGCAUCCAGGGUCCCAGUGUACAUCAAAAGGAGCCCAAAAGUACAGUAAAUACCCAGGAAAAUGUUCAAAUGAAUUUAGUUUGUGUGAAUUCCUCUAUAAAGGACCAGUUACAGCUAAAGUCCAAAUCAGGUCUUCACAAUAUCAAAUGUGGCUUAACUUCUUCCACUUCUAAGCCCUCGACUUCUGUGAAACAACUGUGUUCUCCCACCUUGAAUCCACCUCUCUUUAUGCAGAAUCAAAGAAUAAGUGAACAGUUUGCACCGAAUGACACUUCAAGGUCCUCAGCACUUAACUCCAACUUGGUACUUGUGUCUACGACCAUUCCAUCUGUUAAUGUUGUUUCUGAUGGAGAAGUGAGUUCUACUGUUGACUGUUUACCUAUGUUGACUGAGUGGGAAGAUGUAGUUUUACUGCCAGCAUCUCAGGCUGAACAAGAUAAAGAUUGUGUGCCUCAUGUUAGGAACACAAAUGUAGAGACUUCAUUUAAUUCUGGAGAGAGAUCAAUAGUUUUAGAAGAACCAGAAACCCUUAGUUAUGAAAACUUUGACGAUCUCAAGGAAACUCCUCAAAACUUUGAGACACCUAAGUCUAUUGUGUAUAAGAGUCCUCACAGUACAGUCUAUAAUGUAAAAGAAGCCAAACAUCCAAGUUCAGAUGCUUCUGCUUUUAAAUUGCCCGAAUACAAACCAUUUACCAUCAACAGUCUUAAUGCCAAUGCCUCACAUCCUUCGGUUUUGAGGAAACAACCUCUUCUUUUAGGUGGUACUAAAAGGAAUUCAUCUAGUCCCCCAGCUUUCCCACGAGCCAAAAAGCAGACCUUCACUAUUCAUGAUGAAAAGUCUGCAUCAUCUACGUGCUCCCCAGGAACUUCUUCCCGGAAAGUUCUUUCCUCUGUAUUGACAUCCACAGUUAACCUACAAGAGCCUUGGGAGAGCGGGAAGAUGACACCUCCCUUAUGCAAGUGUGGCAGAAGGUCUAAGCGGCUUGUUGUUUCCAAUAAUGGGCCAAACCAUGGGAAAGCCUUCUACUGUUGCCCUGUUGGGAAGUUCCAAGAAGACAGAAAAUGCUGCAGUUAUUUUAAAUGGGAACAAACACUUCAAAAGGAAAGAGCCAAUAGCAGAGCUCUGUCUCGUUCCUCAGGACUCACUUUUAGCUCUCCAGACACAAGUCAUAUUCAUGAUAGAAAUUUAAGUUUUCCUAUUAAAAAUUCUUUACGACUCAGACCUUCAAUGAGAAAUUGAUAAAUUCUCCUCUAAACUAAACUGUCUUUUACUUCAGUAUAAGCUUCAUGUGAC